GAGGAGUGGGUGGUGAAGCGGUUGAUUGAUGAUUAGAUUUAUGGUGUGGAUCACGGAGAGAGGAUGACUCACCCCCGUCUGAUGUGAUGUUCACCCCGCAACAGCUCAGCAGUGCGGUGGCACGCCGGUAGUUCAGCUUGACACCUCGUUGUUGCUGCACCAAUAAAAGUUUAGCAAACUGUUAAUAUGCUUUUAGGCGGCCCUAUGAUACCUCGUUUGCUUGAAACUUAAGUGGCUGUCACUUGAGACCGAGCGUCGUGCUUUACCGUACAUUUCGUGACGCCUGAUUGCCAUGGAAACAGCGGUGCGCUGAGAGGAAACUGUCCGUGUUAACUUCAGCAGCAACCUUUCAGAGGGUCGGAUAAACCUGUUGGAUAUCUCUGUGUUUUUCGUGUUUUCCUUCUAUUGCUACUCUGGCUUUACUUUCUAUUUUAAUUUGGCAACGAAACAGGUGAGGAUGAUGGAGCUUCCAACAGAGAAGAGGUUCCACAACUUGACCCUUGAGCAAAUGCAAGCUCUGGACAAAGUCUUGACUGAGGUUAUCCCCAUCCAUGGACGAGGAAACUUCCCCACACUGCAGGUGAGAGCGAAAGACAUCAUCCGUGUGGUUAAGGAUCGGCUGGUAGAAAGAGACAUCCAGGUGAGAGACAUACGGCUCAACGGCGCGACGGCCAGCUACGUCCUGGUGAGGGAUAACUGCCUUGGCUACCGAGAUUUAGACAUCAUUUUUGGAGUGGAGCUGCCCAGGGAGGGGGACCUUCAGGUGAUAAAGGAGGUGGUGCUGGGCACCCUACGAGACCUCCUCCCCUGUGGCGUUAACAGACGGAAGAUCACAUGCCUGACGAUGAAGGAGGCCUACGUGCAAAAGAUGGUGAAAGUUUUCAACGAACAUGACAGAUGGAGCCUAAUCUCGCUUUCGAACAAUAGAUCUAAAACCGUAGGGCUCCGCUUCGUCAGCUCCCUUAGAAGACAGUUCGAGUUCAGCGUGGACUCCUUCCAGAUAAUAUUAGACCGCAUGCUGGAGUCUUACUGGGAGACAGAAAGGAAACAAGUCGGGAAGUUGGCAUUGAAUGCUGGGAAUUUGUCUAAAAGACACAAUGAAGAUGAAAAGAAAAAGCAAGAGCAAUCAAGUGUUCCUCGAGAAGUUGAACCUGAUGUUGAAAAAGACUCCAAUGGAGAAAACCAAUCUCAGGAUGAGACCAUUCCAGUGCUUGAGGAAGAGCUUCCAGGUGCAAAGGUUGAGCGUGUGGUUGAAAAGCAGCAGGAGGUGCUGGAUUCCACGAGCGCUAACUUACCGCAGGAAGACGUGGAUGGGGUCAAAGACGUUCAUUCAGCAGAAGAAAUUGUGUUUGAGAUAUGUGAAGAAAAAGGAGAAGAGAAAGGUCAGUUUCACAGUGAUUAUCCUUUACUUUUAGCCGCUGAUACGUUAUUACCGGUUGCCAGGGAUCCGCUGAUGACACAUGCAUGUUUAAAUCUGCAGAGUUAUGAAGAGCUGUCUGCGUCACAAGCUCCUCCAACAGCAGAAAAGUCAGCUCUGCAGGAAGUCCAUUGCGUGGAAACUACUCAGUUCAAAGUCGACUCCCCACAAGAUUCACAUCUUGAAUUUUCCUUUCCUCCUCCUGCUAAGAAAACUUGCAGCACAUCACAGAAUAUUGUACCCGACUAUUGCCCUUCACCAAAAUUACAAAGGAAAAUGUCAAGGAAGUUGAUCAGUAAGCCAGAGAAUUGGUCUUUACUGACUGAUUUGUCAGAUCUUACAACUCCGCUGUUUCCCCCCAUAGAGAUACCCAAACCUCUUCAGCGAAAGCCUUCUUUACUGGACAGCGCUCAAGUUCAUGGCUCAAAUGUUCUGACCCCCAAGUCAGAGGCUUUACAAACCCUUUCAGCUCCCACAUGCGGUCCUGUAAGUACACUUCAGGAUGGGACUGGCUCCAAUGAAACUGUGGAACAAACUGUAAAGCCAAAACACUCGAGGAAGCCUCCUGAUUUGGAGACUCAAAGCCACACAUAUGGACAGCCUCAGAUCAAUGAUCAAACCCCAGAAGCUGUACAGAACCGGUGCGGGGCGGGUUCAUGGGUUGGUGCAGCCGGGGAGCCUACUAUCACUGUCGAAGCGGAGUGCAUGUAUGGAGACUUUGACCAGGCGAUGGACCACCUCCGCCUCCGCCUCAUCGCCACCCACAAACCAGAGGAGAUCCGAGGAGGGGGCCUGCUGAAAUACAGCGACCUGCUGGUUAGGAACUUCCGUCCAGCCAGCGAGACUGAGAUCAAGUCCUUGGAGCGAUACAUGUGCUCCCGCUUCUUCAUUGACUUUCCCGACGUGAGCGAGCAGCAGCGAAAGAUCGAGGCCUACCUGCAAUGCCAUUUUAUUGGCAACGAGGAGACGAGCAAGUACGACUACCUGAUGACCCUGCGGCGCAUCAUAGACCAGAGCACGGUGUGUUUGAUGGGACACGAGAGGAGGCAGACCCUCAACAUGAUCACAGUCCUGGCUCUCAGGGUGCUGGGCGAACAGAACGCCAUUCCCAACACUGCCAACGUCACCUGCUUCUACCAGCCGGCUCCGUACAUGGCCGAGCCCAUUUACAGCAGCUACUUCAUCACCCAGGCCCAGCCCCCCCUCGUCUACCACCCCUACCCGCUACAAGUGCACGUGCAGACCGGCCUGGUGUAGCUACAGUGAGGUGCCCACAGAGAGGCAUUGAGGUUGCUUUCAGCAUGGUGCUCUGCAAGCAUAGGCACAAAUGGAAGUUUUAUCGACAACAGGCAACCACGGGCACAGUGUUGUUUGAUGCUUUGAAACCCCUCCCGAUUAUGAAAUAAAAGGUCAGAACUGAAAGGGGUAUGGAGGCGAAGCAUGGCACCCUUUCAAGAUGAACACUUUUAAAGAGGAAAGAAAGAGCCCAAUUUCAGGGAGCUCGUGGAGAGGAUCUAUUGAAGUGGAGGGUCUUUGUUCAUUGCUGUUUCAGCUCAGCUUUGGCUCGAUGCUCACCGUCCCUUGUUGAGGAGAAUGUUGUAAUGUGACAAAUCUCUAUGGCUUAAAGAUACACAUUUUCAACAUAUAAGAACAUCAUACGUGUUGGCAGCAAAAAUAUCAAUUAGUUAAAGUUUGAAUAAUGAUACAUCCUUAACCUGAGGGUUAAACACACCUUUAUAGCUGGUUUUGUGACUCAUCAGUAUCUGUGGAGUGAAUUUCAGAUUGUACCUGUGUAUUCACUGUAGAGUAAAAGAACAUCAUUUACCUAGGGGAUAAAAUGCUGUGAUAUUUGUAUGAUAUUGUAAGUUAUCUAUCUGUGAAUGUUAACACCUAAUUUCAAGGGUGGAAACAGGAGAUUGAAGGCUUGGUUCCAUUAUGACUGUAUGGAAAUGAUUGGGUUGGUUAAGAGAAGCUAAACAAACAGAUUAGGCUUUUAAUGUUGAUACAUUUUGAAUGGUUUUGGUUUUUUUAUUCGUUUUUUUUAAAGUUCAAAGUUGGCCAGAAAAAUACGUGUUCUUGGUCUCCAUCUCUCGUAAUGAUGAGAUAAUAAUAUUGGGGGUCUUUACCUUUCUUUGAACAUUAAAAUGUAUUUAUGCAAAUUCAUUGCAGAGAAAAGCCUAAUUAUUUUCAACAGCCACUUUAAAUAUUAAAACCAAACUCCCAAUCAGGGACAUGUUACUGUGGGGUGUUUGUUAGUGCUUUUGCAUUGCUAAAAUGAAUUGACCAUGCAGUUUAUCAAAUCUAUUCAAGUUUCCUUUCUACUUAAAAUCCAGAGAGCAUGUCAAAUUCUGUUUUUCCUCGUCAACAAGCUGAAUAUAUGUUUUGUGUGUAUUACUUGGUGACUGUUUAUUUUUCUUAUUGAUGUUAGUGAAUGUUUUGCCAGGGUUUUUGCUUGCUGAUGUCACGGCACAUUUGAAUUGUUCAAGCAGUCGAUGCAGCCAGCGGUUAUUGCACUGUGUUUGUUCAUUGUGUAUGCAUACAGUACAUAUACUCAGUAUUUUUUCACAAUACAAAGAAAAGAACAUGUAAGCACAGGUAAGGAAAUGUGUGCUGUUCACACUCCAGCUGAGACUGAAGCACAAUGUAAAUGCACAACAAAACAAAAGCUGUUGUUGAGUAAUGAAUGUGUUUCUGACAAGCUCGUGAAUCCCCGAUUAAAUAUUGAAAACGUCUAAAACACUGUGUGCCGUGUAGUGUAGCUUUGAAGUGAUGUAUCUAUCUGGAGAUUUUGGGUGUAUCGUGUAUCGUUACGACAGUUUGACAUGUAGAGAAGUUAAAGUAUUCCUGUUAUGAUAUGUUACUGCUCAGAUUGUUGUUUCUGUGGUAAUAAAUACCAAGAAAAAUAUGUUUGUCUAAA